AAGCCGCGGCCUGGGUAAACCUGUGGCGCGCUCCGCGGUUCCGGAGCUUGAAGUUGCGGCGGCGGCGGCAGUCGGGAAACGGCAAGGCAGGUUGAGAUGAUGGAUCGGAGGCUUGCAGUUCGCAGUCCCAACGAGGCUUAGGGACCUGGGCUACAAAAAAGGAGCAGGGGAGAACGGUCGUGGCGUCUGUCUGCUCCCUGGGAUGCAGGCGUCCGGUUGGGGAAUCAUUACUUAAGGAAGCGCUGCCGCGGCUCUGUGUUUUGAGAGUGCAAGUGCGUGUCGGGGUGCGCGUCUGGGUGUGUUUGUGCGCGUGCGCUCCGCUUUCGGGGGCUUUUGCACACAGCUGUAAAGAGGGAGCACUCGAUUGUGGCGUUCGGGGGGAUUUACCGUCUAGCAGAAGAGGGGCAAACUAUCCAGGGUGGCUUGGGACCGGGAGAGUCAUUUAAACCGAUGGAUGUCCGAGGGGCUUCUCAGAGGGCUUCGCCUGUGUGAGUUUUCAGGAGUCCGUGGAAGUUAACCCGGGAGAGAAGAGAAUGAGCCUGACGGGUGUUCUAGGCAGAGAGGACAGAAUGGUUGCAACUCUAUGUGAGGCAAGAGCUGGGUUUUAGGAUUGGAGGGAGAUGUGAGAGAAGACUGGAAAGAAAGGGCAGCCCCUCUACGGGGGAGAGGGUCUUCAUGCCAAGCUGAGCUGAAUUCCGCUUGAUCACGGGGAGCCAUUCGACUCUUCAGAGGCAGUCUUAGUCAGUGCGGACAUUUCUGGGGUUAUUACAGAGAGGAGGCAGCGUUUUCUUACCGCAUAGAGUUAGAUGUCAUUUGUCAGAGUGAACCGCUGUGGUCCCCGAGUGGGUGUAAGAAAGACACUGAAAGUAAAGAAGAAGAAAGCUUCAGUGAAGCAAGAAUGGGAUAAUACUGUGACUGAUCUAACAGUUCAUCGGUCAACUCCUGAAGAUCUGGUACGUCGUCAUGAAAUACACAAAUCAAAGAACAGAGCGUUAGUACACUGGGAACUCCAAGAAAAAGCUUUGAAGAGAAAAUUGAGGAAGCAGAAACCAGAAACUUCAAAUCUGGAGAAAAGAAGAUUGUCUAUCAUGAAGGAGAUUCUUUCUGAUCAAUAUCAGACGCAGGAUGUAUUGGAGAAAUCUGAUCAUCGGAUAUCUGCAGCAAAAGAGCUGUUUCCUCGUAGGUGCACAGGGUUUCCAAAUAUAACAGUGGCUCCUGAUUCCUCUCAGAGUCCCACUGUGGUAAAUCAAGACCCUAUCACUCAGUCUAUCUUUAAUGAGCCUGUCAGAGAACCUCAGGCUCUUAACGACGUAGAUGGUGAAGAAGAGGGAACUGUGAAUAGCCAGUCAGGAGAAAGUGAGGAUGAGAAUGAGUUGGAUAACUCCCUGAACUCUCAGUCUAACACAAAUACAAACAGGUUUCUCCAGCAACUAACGGAGGAGAAUUCUGAGUUAAUUAAUAAGUUGUGGACUGAUACUCAGCAGAAAAUAGCAACCCAGUCACAGAUAACUCCUCCAGGAACGCCGCCAUCUGCUCUUGCAUCAGGGGAACAAAGAGCUGCUCUCAAUGCCACCAGUGCUGUCAGAAGACUCCAAAGCAGGCUUCAGCCUCAAGAGGCUACUGAGACUUUAGACUCAAGCUCUGUUGUGGGACACAUGCUGAACUCAAGGAAGCCAAAACAGCUGUUAAAUAAAGUGAAAAGAAAACCGAAUUUGCAUGCUCUUUCCAAGCCGAAGAAAAACACGUUAUCAGGUAGCACAAGCUCUGCAGACUUACCAAAGAGGACGAAUUCCACUCUGGAUGUCCUCCAACACAUGAUACAUGAAGUGGAACACGAAGUGGAAGAGUAUGAGCGGUGUACAGGUCGCGAGGUCAAGGGACUGGGGAGCAGCCAGGGUCUUUCAGGGUUCACUUUGUCACUGGUGAGCUCCCUCUGUCGCCUGGUUCGGUACCUUAAAGAGAGUGAGAUCCAGUUACGUAAAGAAGUAGAGACAAGGCAGCAAUUGGAACAAGUGUUAGGCGAUCAUCGAGAGCUCAUUGAUGCUCUGACAGCUGAAAUUCUUCUUCUUAGAGAAGAAAAUGCUGCUACACAGGCAAGACUUCAGCAGUAUAUGGUCACAACAGAUGAGCACCUUCUAUCACUCACACAUGCUGUUAAGAACUGUCCGGUGAUAAACAACAGACAGGAAAUUCAGGCAUCAGAAAGGGGAGCCACAGGUAGAAGAGUUGCGGACAGUCCAGAAGGUCCCGCUGUAAAUGCCAGUGUCUCAGUGCCAUUGGUGUUUGGAGAGGAAGAAGUGGCUGGAUUCCCACAGGAAGAGUUGCCUGUUAGACUGUCUCAGGUGCCAAACGCUCCAGAGAGCAUGAAUCUGGCCAAGAAUUUUCCAGCACAUGUUUUUGAGCCAGCUGUGUUGUUAACACCACCCCGGCAGAAGAGCAACUCAGAGUUCUCUCCUUUGCAGGACGUAUUGAGAAGGACUGUUCAAACGCGUCCUGCUCCACGAAUUCCUCCAACUGUGGAAAUAAUUGAGAAGGAACAAAAUUGGGAAAAGAAGACCUUACCUAUUGAUACAGACGUUCAGAAUUCAAGGGAAGAGAGUCGUCUCUUCACUCAGAGGUGGAGAGUCUCUCAUAUGGGAGAAGAUCUGGAGAAAACUCAGUCUCCUUUGGUUAACCUCUCACAGCCCUUCUGCAAUUCGCAUUCUAACCGUCAACAUUCAAGAAACCCUCCAUUCUCUGAAGAGCCCCCAGCACUGGGAGAUGGGCAGCAGCUGAGAACAAAUGAAAUGAAUGCAUUAAUACAAAGAAAGGACAUAGUGGCACGAAUUGCUGAGUUGACACUGCAGAAUCCAGGUAUCAAGGCACAUAUGAAUAACACUGUUGAGCCCGGAGGAGAGCAAGGAGACAGACUCCGGGAGGCCAAGAAACAAGAAAGUGCAAGUGGCAUGACUUCUACUUUUCCAGUAGCGCAGUCUCUAGCAUCAGGUAGUAUGGAGGAACGGAUUGCAGAAUUGAAUCGACAAAGUCUGGAGGCUCGUGGAAAACUUCUGCAGUUGAUAGAGCAGCAGAAACUUGUUGGUUUGAACCCUUCUCCACCAACGUCACCUGUUCAGUUACCUCUCAGAGCGUGGACUGAAGGAGGAAAGAGGACAAUUGAAGUAUCUAUUCCUGGAGCAGAAGCCCCAGAAAGCUCAAAAUGUAGUACUAUCUCUCCUGUCAGUGGGAUAAAUACAAGAAGAUCUUCCGGGGCUACUAGUAAUUCUUGUUCUCCGCUAAAUGCCACCUCAGGAAGUGGGAGAUUGACACCUCUUAAUCCAAGAGCAAAGAUUGAAAAACAGAAUGAAGAAGGCUGGUUUGCUCUUUCUACCCAUGUAUCAUAAGUGAAGUCACGUCUCACGGAGUUUGUUCUUAAUAACUUAUUUUCGACCUUCCACUCCCGUUUCCCUGCUUUUAAUUUAUUAUAUCCUCCUUUCAAGUAAAACCUGCAAAGAUCCUGUGAAUUAAUACCAAAGAAAUGAAAGAAAGCAAUUAGUUUUUGACUUUUUCAAAUAAGUUUUCAAUAACCAACUGGCCUGCAGUUCCUGGUGAAUGAAAUUUUGACUGUACAGAAGUUAAAGUUUUGUAUUUUAAUACUUUCUUAAGAAUUUUAAGGGUUUUUUUAAAUUAAUACUUUUUUACCAUUGUCAUCUUUAUUCAGGGUUUUUUGAGGUUUAAUGUAUCUUAAAUGUUGAUCCAUUUCAUUUUUUUUCCCCCUGAAGAACUAAUUUGCUUUGAGUGGAACUUAAAAUAAAAUUCCUCUGUGUGAUUAGAAUCUGGCCUUCAGGAAAAUGUAACACCCACUUUUCUUUUUUGAUGGGAAGUCAUUGCUGUCACUUUUUCUGUCAAGUGAAAUAUACAACCUUAAAAAAAUAGAUGUGGGAGUAUUUGUUUAUAUUUGCUUACGCAGGUAAGAGUGGUUGUAUUUAUUACAAAAUCUUACAUAGUUUUGAAAUGUGAAAAUGUCAUCAAUAAUGGUAAUACAAAUCAAAUAGAGCUCAAAUUCCUAAAUGUGGUAACGUUGAUUUAAUGGUACAUUGAAUGUUUCAAACAAUUAAAUAGAAAAUGUUGCUCUUGGCUUUAUCGCAGCCCUGAAUUUAAGCAGAUAUUUCAGGGUAGAUUUCUCGUUUUUUCUUUUUGAGACAGAGAGUCUUGCUCUAUUACCCAGGCUGGAGCGCAGUUGUGCAGUCUGGCUCACCGCAACCUCAGUCUCUCAGGUUCAAGCAGUUCUCCCGCCUCAGCCUCCCGAGUAGCUAGGAUUAUAGAUACAGGCCACCACACCCAGCUAAUUUGUGCAUUUUCAGUAGAAAUAGGGUUUCACUAUUUUGGCCAGGCUAGUCUCGAACUCCUGACCUCAAAUGAUCCACCUGCCUUCGUCUCCCAAAGUGCUGGGAUUACAGGCAUGCGCCACUGCGCCCGGCCCAGGGUGGAUUUUUCCAGGUACCCAUUUGGUUCUUAGAUGUUGAUUUUUAUUUUAAACUUUUUUUUUUGAAUGAGCUCUGCCUGAGUGAGAUGGAAGGAGUGGAACAGACCUUGACCCACCUGGAUAACUUCUUCUGCCAUAGCUGUAAAUCGCUGUUCUACCAAGUAUCCUUUGCAGCUUUCCCGUAGGCCUUUUCAUUUUUGUGGUGGCAGAAAUAAUUAUUUAAAUAUCACUGGAUUUCUUAUGCAAAGUCAUCUGUAUUCAUUCGCAUUACUGCAGAUUCUUUUGUCUGUAUUGCACUUUUUGAAACUUAGUAUCCAAUAAAUAUGCCAUCCCUAUCUGGGAUAUAAGCCUAA